CACUGUUUUCUGCUGAAGCACCUCCCGUGCCCUUUGGGAGGAGGUUCCUAGAAGACAGGAUUAAAGUACCUGUGAUUGCAAGUUACAAAGUCCAGGAUUUGUAUCACUGUCCGUGGAUCUCCAUAUCCGAGGAUGGGGAUCCUUAUGCAUUGUCCUCUACUGCUCCUGCUGCUGGUGGCCGUCCUGACCCCGACCCAGACCGAUACAAGAUCACACUCUCUGCGGUAUUUCACCACUGCCGUGUCCCGGCCCGGCCUUGGGGAGCCCCGGUUCACAGCUGUGGGUUAUGUGGACGACACGCAGUUCAUGCGCUUCGACAGCGAUGAGGAGAAUCCCAGAGCUGAACCGUGCGAGCCAUGGGUGGAACAGAUGGAGCCCGAGUAUUGGGACCAGGAGACACGGAUAUUCAAGGAGCACACCCAGAAUUUCCGCACUUGCCUUCAGAACCUGCUCCACCAGUACAACCAGAGUCAGAACGGUUCCCACACUAUCCAGGAUAUGCACGGGUGCUACGUGGGAUCAGAUGGUCAGUUCCUACACGGGCACUAUCAACAUGCCUAUGAUGGCCACGAUUAUAUCACCCUGAACGAGGACCUGAGCUCCUGGACCGCAGCAGAUGCAGUGGCUCAGAUAACUCAACACAAGUGGGAGGAGGCUGGCGUGGCAGAGGAAUACAAGGCCUACCUGGAGGGCACAUGCGUGGAAACACUCCACAAAUUACUGGAUAACUGGGAGGAAACUCAGCAACACUCAGACCCCCCAAAGACACAUGUGACCCGUCACCCCAGACCUGAAGGUGAUGUCACCCUGAGGUGCUGGGCCCUGGGCUUCUACCCUGCUGACAUCACCCUGAUCUGGCAGAAAGAUGGGGAUGAACAGAUCCAAGACUUGGAGAUUGUGGAGACCAGGCCUGCAGGGGAUGGAACCUACCAGAAGUGGGCUGCUGUGGUGGUGCCUUCUGGGAAGGAGCAGAAUUACACAUGCCAUGUGCAGCAUGAGGGGCUGUCUGAGCCCCUCACCCUGAGAUGGGAACCCCCUCCAUCCACCACCUCCAACAUGGUGAUCAUUGCUGUUCUGGUUGUCCUUGGAGCUGUGGCCAUCAUUGGAGCUGUGGUGGCUUUUGUGAUGAAGAGGAGGAGAAACACAGGUGGAAAAGGAGGGGACUAUGCUCCAGCUGGAGGCAGCAACAGUGUCCAGAGCUCUGACUUGUCUCUGGAGGCUUGAAAAGGUAGCACAUGGGGCCUGGGAUUGAACCUGAGGAGAACAGGAGAGGACUGAGUCCCAGGGCCUCUCAGGUCGAGACCUCUGAAUGAGUGCUGGGCCUUAGAGAUGUGUAAAUAUUGGCUGCCCUGACUCUUGUUUUUUACCCUGAGAUACUUCCCUGUGGGAACAAGUUCUGAUUUAGAAACGACAAAUGUCUAAAGCUAUGUGCUUUCCCUGUAUGCACAAUGGGAAGACCUGGAGAGCCCAGGCUACCCUAGCACACCAGGACACCCUGUCCUUGAAUUUCCCUGCUCUCCUUUCCACAGCCAACCUUCCCUGUCCAGGAGGCAUUAGGAGUCAUCUGCAUCAUGACAGCUCCCUGCUGACCUGAGCUGCAGCUCCUCACUUCACAGUAAACAGAAGAAUCUGAAUGUGAACUUGAUUGUUCAAAUCUUUGACCGGAGGGGUUGAUUAGUGGGUAAAUUAAGGCAUUGAGAAUGCUCAGAGUGCUGUGGAGGAGAAUAAACGGCAGCAUGGAGAACCUUC